AUGGCUUCAGCCGGAUGGAACACUUUCCACGUGGGAAGAGAAUGCGGCCAUGUGAAAUGGUCCCGGAAGAUCGAACCCAAGUUGACCGUCUCAUCUGGCCAGACCGUCAGCUUCGACGCCAUAGACAGCAGCAACGGGCAACUCACUCCAAGCUCCGAUGCCUCCGCCAUCAAGACCCUGGACCUCGGCAUUGCCAACCCUGUCUUUGGUCCCAUCUACGUGCAAGACGCCCAGCCCGGUGAUGUGCUCAAGGUCGAUGUGUUGAAUCUCGAAGUCGCCGACUGGGGCUGGUCCGCCAUCAUCCCCGGCUUUGGCCUGUUGGCCGACGACUACCCAGAGCCCGAGAUCAAGAUCUGGUCCCUCGAUCGCGAGAAGGGUUACGCCCAAUUCAAAGAUAUGCGGAUCCCGCUGCGUCCCUUCCUCGGAUGUAUGGGAUUGGCCCCUGCCGAUGACUCCGAACUGUCGACUGUGCCUCCCACCCACGCAGGUGGCAACAUGGACUGCCGCGAACUGAGCGUUGGCUCAACCGUCUACCUCCCCAUCCAGACUGCCGGUGCUUAUUUCAGCUGUGGUGAUGGCCAUGCGGCUCAGGGCCACGGCGAAGUCUGCGGGACCGCCAUCGAAACACCCAUCAAGGCCACCCUCCGCUUCGAACUGUGCAAGAACCAACCCUGGGUGACCGCACCCCAAUACCAGACUCCUCCUCGUUCCCAAAUACCGAAUCCGCUCCCCGACCUCGGCACCUACGGCGCCCUGGGCGUCUCUCCGGAUCUCUACGAGGCCGCGAAGAGUGCCGUCCGAAGCCUCAUUCAAUGGCUGAUCUCGACCAAGGGCCUGAACCGCAGUGAAGCCUACAUUCUGGCCAGCGUUGCGGCCGACCUCCAAAUCGCCGAGGUGGUAAACAUGCCCAACUUCGAAGUCGCGGCCAGCCUCCCCUUGGGAAUUUUCAGCAAACCCUGA